AUGAACUCGGUAACAACCUCGACAAUAGGCCGCCUGGCCCUCGGUGCUUCGCGUCUCGGCGCCGUCACCAACGUUGCCGGCGCCGUGCGCCACGCCAGCACACACCCCACCACCGCGAUCCCAAAACCGACCGCAGCCAUCAUCAAGACAAGUUCAUUGGCGGAGGAGACGGCCGUCGAGCUCAAGAGCCCAUCGAGGCUGCAGCUCAAGUCCGAGCCGGGAAACAAGGCCAUGCCCAAGGGCCACGGCGAUCGCAUCUGGGCGUUCCAUCACAUUGAGCAGGGCCAGGUCAUUUACUCGACCACGCCUGUUAUUUCUCACCAACACCUCCUCCGCCAACAACCCUUCACGGGCAAGAACCUCGUCCCCCGCAAGAUCCGCAAGGACUACUGGCGCCCGCUCGCCAUGAUCGAGAUGGAGGCCAAGGACCAGGGCGCCGUCGGACGCUCCCUGCGCGAGUUCAAGAAGCGGCACGAGCUGGACUGGGCCAACGAGGCCGAGGAGGGCCGCAAGCUGAUGCAAAAGUCCAAGCGCGAGCGCGGCGCCGAGCUCAACGACCAGAAGCCCAACAGCGUCGCCGACAUGGCGGCCGUGCUGGCCGGCGCUGGCAAGGGUAACCUCAUGUGGGAGGUUUCUCGCGUUUCUUCAACCAACUUGGGGACGGGCGAGAUCAAGAGGGCCAGCGGGGCGGUGGAAAAGGGCGCUGUUGUCGACGUCAAGAGGCAGCUGAGGAGGGCGGUCGUGUACUGGGCCAACGAGCAGGAUAAGUUCCAUGCGCGGGAGUGGAGCGCUAAUGUCAGCCAUGAGGUUGGCAUUCCUGGCGAGGCUGAUAAGAAGAGGGUGCCUAUUAGGAUGAGCAGCGAGUGA